AUUAGAUACACGAGCUCUUAACCUCCUACGCCAACAUGGCUGUACUUAGGAAAACAGGCAGGGCCAUUUCCCCCCUUCCUGUGCUUCCCUUUCCCUUCUGGCCGGGCCACAAACUUACCAAAUGGGCUUUGGGUAAGUUUUCCCCUCUGCUUUCUACUCCCAGCUCCCCUUCGCUUCGCAUGUCGUGCCGGCAGCAGCCAAUAGGAAUAACUCUCGCUGGGAAGACCAGACUCUAGCUGGGAGCCUGGCUAAUUUUAAACGUCCACCUGUCAGCACUGUGCUUAGGAGCCUCCGCAGCUAAAAAAAAUAAGCCCUUCCUAAAACCCUUGUGGUCUCCCUUCGCUAUGCUGUCAGGCUUACAUUCCAAGAUAGAGGCCAUCCUUUUAUUCUCCCCCGGCCCCCGCCACCCCAUACACAUCUUCUGAGAGAAAGGAGACCCUUCCGUGCCGCCUCCGGCAAGGCGCUGCAAAGCGAGGGUCCGUGCGUGCAAACAAUACGCAGCGCAAUCUCGCUCUGUGAGUUAUGUUAAGUGAUAAGUGACCGUCUGGCUUCUCUUCCCCUCUCGGUCGCCGCUUCUUGGGUUUCAAUUCCAAACAUGGUUAUCUAUUUGGGGUCUUUCCAUUGCCCCGUGCUGUACAUUCCACCGGCUAGCACAAGUGCCUUUGCUCUCCUCCGCCCUGGCAUGCCCUCCCCGUCGCUCUGACAUCGGCUCUAUUUCCACUUCUCCCAUGGCUAGGGAGGGAGCAGGCCGCAGCCACUGUUUCCAGCUCCGUUUUCCCCAGGCGUUCUCGAAGGACACGGCUUCCUCCUCUCCAGCUUUGAAUUCCUGGUGGCUCUAGCUGGCUGGCUGGGUCAGAGACCCCUGCAAUAGCACCCAGGAAGCCGUUUGUCUACUCCAUCGGAGCGUUCCGUCAGGGCGUUGUUUGGUGCGAACGUUCCCCUGAUUUCCAAAAUGUUCAUCGACAGUUUCCAAAGAGUUGGAGCCGCUGUUUAGUUCCCGUUCCCGAGGCUCAGCUUCUUUUGCGGUGCGAUUCAACGUCCCCGGCAGACAGGCCAGGGAAGAUGCAUGCCAACACCACUCUUCUCGACCGGAUCAUUUUCCACCCGACUCUGUGCGACCGCUGGAAGUUCUUUUUCGAAGGCGCGGUGUACCACCUGGCGGCUUGCGUCCUCUUCCUGGGAUUUAUGGGAGGAAGCGGCCCCUUUGGUGCCAUCUACAUCUUCGGCUUCCUGGCCGCCGGCUUCUUCUGCUUGGCUCUCUGGGGGUGGCUGGACGCGUGCGGGAUCGACGUCUUCACCUGGAACGUGCUCUUAGUCCUGAUCUGCGGCCUUCAGUUGGCGCACCUCCUUUUCCAGCUCUGGAAGGACACGGUGUCCAAAGACUUCGAGCAGAUCUACAAGCAAGUGUGCCAGCCGCUCCGAGUCCCGCUCCGAGUGUACAAGGAAAUUGUCAAGUGCUGUGAGGAGAGAGUGCUGCCCUUGGCCAGGGACCAGACCUACGCCGUGGAGGGCAAGACGGCCAUCGACCGCCUGUCCCUCUUGCUGUCGGGCAGAAUCAGAGUAAGCCAAGAUGGGCAGUUUCUCCACUAUAUCUUCCCGUAUCAGUUCCUGGAUUCUCCUGAGUGGGAAUCGCUGCGGCCGUCUGAAGAAGGAACAUUUCAGGUCACUCUGACCGCAGAGACGGACUGCAGCUUCGUCUCGUGGCCGAGGAGACCGCUCUACUCGCUGCUGGCCAAAGAGCGCUACAUUGCCCGCCUCUUCUCGGUCCUUCUUGGCUACGACAUCUCCGAGAAGCUGUAUGCUUUGAACGAAAAGCUUUUUGCCAAGUUCGGGCUCCGCUUUGACAUCCGCCUGCCCAGCCUCUACCACGUCCUGGGACCUGCUUCUUCGGACGCUGAGGUGGAGCAACAGCCAGCUGAGCCGGAGGAACCGCCCGUGCCCUUACGCCCACCGUUGUCAACCUUUGUUCAAGCAUCCCCCUCGACCUCUUGCGUGCCUCCUCCCACUGAGCCCCGUGUCCCUGUCGGGAAACCUCGGCCUGACAGUGACCUGUCUGGUGAGGAUUCUACCAGUCUUGUACUGGAAGAUUUUGCUGAGUUGACAGGGUCCAUUUUGGACUAUGGGAGCGAAGGGGAGUAUUUGAAGUGAGGGCACAUCUAACAUGGGCACACGUCACCCUGUAUAACCUCUGGAAACCUCCUGAGAAAUAAUCGCCAGGCCCUUGCAAAAGGCCGAGCCCCGCUGGCUCCCACUCAGACCCCAGAACUCUAGGGAAUGACAAUUUGUGAUUGCAAAAGGCCGCCCCACGCACAACCAAACCGUCUGAUCUGAAGUGUUGAUUGUGUGUGCGCCAGCGUGUGUGUUUCACCGGCACCUGCACGACACCCUUGAAGCACCUGCAUGAGACCAUCGUGUGAAUGGUAGGGCACCUUCCCAUGGCUCGUAGAUCGGCACCGACUUCAUCUGCAAGUCUGUGUUCUGGAACGCUUGGCACGGGGUACUGUCGUUAAACAGAGUGGAAAGACAAUGGCGUAGCUAGUCAAGGACAUGGCUGUCUGCUGAGGACAUAUCAGUUCAGUGUUUCCCAAACUGGGAUGAUAUUUUUGGGGGGUGGGUGGGGUGGGGGUUGACUAUCUCACUGGAAAAGAGGCAGAACGGCUCUCUUUUAGAGCGCCAUCUGCCAUGGUAAGACAGUGGCAAUAGAUGAGCUGAAAUGGGCAAGAUUCUCCAAUGGCACUGACCACUCACGAGAGGAAACACAGAGGAGGGACUUUGGUGGUCUGUGAUAACGUUCAGAUCAAAAUAGAGGGCACUGGGUGACUAAUGUUAAAGAAAUCUGUACUAGUUCUCCCCUCAUGUAACAAAACUCACGUGCACAUAAAAUAAAACUUUUCUCCAUA